AUGAGGUUACGGCUCACCAUCCAGCGCAGCAAGCUGCCCUCGGCCGACCUGCUAUGGCUCGUACCCGAAGCCGGCGCCCAUCGCACUCUCACCGUCUCCAAAUUGCUCGAGGAUGUCAACGACGUCUUUCCGCUCGAAACUGACCACCGCGGUCUUGACGAUUACGUUGUAGAGAUUGCCGGCUUUGAAUGCCUCCACUUCCAAAAGGUCACCGAAAUCUUAAAAGACGAGGACCAAGUAUGUAUCCGGCCUCUGACCUCCACAGAACUCCGCGCGCGCCACCUGUCGGGUAGAUCGCAAAUCAAUGCCAAUGGCCAACAUCUUCUCGACGGUAUCCCAUUCGGCAGGUCAAAUCUGCGCAAGCUCGAUCGUCCCGCCCUUCACUCCCCUCCCGAUGUCGACAAUGACGACUUGUUCGCGGCCCUCCUCGGCAACAACCGAAGUCACAAACAUCUUAGAAACAGUUCAGGCCAAGAAAACGACAGCGGUGCAGACUCGGACUAUGCGCCGGGACCACCCCUGCGCAAGCGACAGAGAAUCGAGGCUUGCGACAGGUCGGACAAGAGCGUGCGGUUCGAGGAUGAAGAGCCAGCUGCGGCCGACUCGCGAGCGCUGGUCGCUCUGCCGUCGGACGACGAUGAGUCUGAAGAAGAAUAUGUGCCAGGCGACGACGAAUCUUCAUCUUCCGAGUCAGAUUCAGAUAGUGACGAAGAGGUCGACGUAGGAAAGAAGCAAGUCGAAGAAAGCUCAGAUGAAAGCUCGGAUGAUUCCAGCGCCACGAGUUUUGUCACCGAUUCCGAACGCCGUCAUAUCAAAAACAAACCUACCCCUUCAAGUACACAUGUCAACAUCUCAAGCGAUUCAUCCGACACUUCUAGCGACUCCGACGCUAGCAGCGAGAGCAGCAGCUCCGAAGAAUCCAGCUCCGACGAAUCUAGUUCUGACGAAUCUACCUCCGAGUCAGAACCGGAGGAGCUUCCAACAAAACGACAAGUGCCAGCAAAACGAAUAGUGCCACCCGGCCAAGGCAAGAAGCAAACGCAAGAUCGGAACCAUCGGCGCCGUGACCAAACCCGUAUGAAACAAUUCAAAGCAAAAGGUAUCUUGCCGCUGAAUGCAACACUCGCAGAUUUUCGUAACUGGCAACUGAGGAAUCAGACUGCCGAUGGGGACGAGCCGGAAGAUGAGUCUAUGGUCGACGCCGAGUACGAUCCUAUCCAAGCAUUGCUUGAAGAGAAACGUCGAAAGUUGCUCGAAGCUCUCGCUUCUGGCGGGCUGGAGAACACAGCCCGACCCGAUGACAUAAUUCCCGUUAAUCGAACCGAGGUUGAGACUUCUCCCACAAUUGAACCAGACAAAAGGACAGAUGAUCCCGUCGCUAAAGAAGCUCCCUCCACCGAGACCGCUGCAGCCCAUGAAGAACCAGCAGCGAAACGCAACAAGCUGGAUAUGGGAAGUACUCGCCGCUUGUUGUUUGGUGCCCUAGGAGUCCGCAAUCCCAAGACAAAGGCAGAUGAGGACAAGCUCCGAAACAGAUUGUCAGCCAACAUGAACACCAGGCAACGGAAGAAGGCUCCGGUCCAGCAGGAGGUCGAAGAACAGCCCGAACCCGAAGACCCGGAUCUGUGGAAGAAAAAGAUCAACCUAAUUGCCUUUGAGUGCAAGUAUCCAGAGGUGGAGCUAACGGCACCAUCGUUCCCAUUCCAGCAACGCUGGGACCCGCAGUUCCAGUACUACCAAUCGAACACCAAGAACAAGAAGCGCAAGCGCAAGUCCAAGCCGAAGCAAGAGGAAUACUACGAGGAGUAUGACAACGGCGCCUACGACGGCGACGCAAGCUACUACGACGAAGAGUGGGCCGGGCUCGACUACGACGACACGAUGCAAGGUGACGACGCAAACAACGAUGCCAGCACCAACGACGCCAGCACCAACGCCUACGCCGCCGACGACGCAGCCCUGCAAUCGCAGAUCAUGCAAGAAUUGCAAGGCGACGGAGCAGCAGCCGAGCCCGACGACGACCUGCCCCUCCCUCCCGCAGACCUGACAACGCUCCCCACAGCCUCGCAAGCCGACGCACGCCCGGGCGCGGUGCUCGUGUUCCAGCGGCUAGAAGUGUCGCCAGAGACGAGCUGGACGCCGACGCUGACGGAGGCGCGGACGGCGCGGGUCGAGGAGGUGGACGGGUCGGACGUCAAGUUCGUGCUGGCGAAGCGGCAUUGGAAACCCAAGAAGGAGGUGCGGUUUGACGCGCGCGGACGGCGGCUGCUGGAUAAGUUUGAGAUGGACGUGGAUGGGGAGGACGAGGAGGAGGGCGAGGAGGGCGUCGUGUGGGUCGAUUGGGGGGAGCUGGUUGAGGUGAGGGUUUUGAGGGCUGCGGAGGGGGGUGAUGCUGCUGCUGCUGCUGUUGCUGAGGCGGAGCCGCGGGGUGAGCAGGUCGAGGUCGCGAAGGAGGUCCAGACUGUGCAGACUGUUGAGACGGUCGAGGAGGUCACGGAAGUUGGUGUUGAUGCUCCUUCUUCUCCUGCUGAGGACGCCGUGAUCGAGGAGUCUGAGUAAUUAGCUAGGCGCGCUAGAGAUAUAUUCUUAGCGAGGUGGUUGCUGUAGCGCGGAACGGAUCAGGGCUUCUUAGCUAGCUUAGCUUAGCACGACUUGGCUUUGCUGGCAUAGCUGCAUAGCUGCAUUAGCUGCAGGCAGGCGGAAAGAUAGGCAGAGCAGGACAGAGCAAACCAGAGCAUUUAAUACGCUGUUGUUUUGCUUGACUUGACGUCGUGCUGUGGAUGCGGCAGCAGGACUUUUGGGUAGGUAGAGUCAAAUAACUUCCAGAUUUCUUUCAAUCACUCGGCUUCACUUGCGGAUCUAGUCGAAUUGAGUCUUGUCUAUUUUUGUCGUGUAGGCAUGAAUGCAUUCAAC